AUGGGUCUCUCUCUUGCUGAUGCAGUCCAGCGGUUUUGGGAGGUCGAAGAACCACCCACAGCACCUCGUGACAACCCGGAGUAUCUGGAAUGUGAGGCGUUCUUCCAGAACAAUAUCGGGCGGCUCCGGUCUGGUCGGUUUGUUGUGCGUUUGCCUUUCCUUCCGUCUCGCGUACCGCUUGGGCAGUCUAGGUUGUUGGCAGAGAAGAGAUUAAUGUCUAUGGAGCGCCGUAUGAAGAGGGACGCGGUGUUUAAACAAAAAUAUUUAGAAUUUAUGCAGGAGUAUCGCGACUUAGGCCACAUGUCAGUUUCCAAUUUUGAUUGGCGUUCGCAGGAACACUAUUUUAUUCCUCAUCAUGCCGUGUUCAAGGGAGAGAAGAUACGAGUUGUCUUUGAUGGAUCUGCUCCUACCUCUACUGGGGUCUCCCUUAAUCAAUGUUUGCAUGUUGGUCCUAAAUUGCAUCGUGACAUUUCAGAUAUUCUGACGGCUUUCCGCCGACAUCAGAUCGUUUUCGUUGCGGACAUUAAAAUGAUGUUUCGACAGACCAUCAUACAUCCGGAAGAUCGUAGAUUUCAGCUCAUAUUGUGGCGCGAGGAUCCCUCUAGCCCAAUUACGGUGUAUGAGUUGAAUACGAACACCUAUGGUCUUAAAUCGAGUCCGUUCAUCGCAAUCAGGACGCUUCUGGAACUGGCAGAGCGUGAACGGUUGGAUUUCCCUAGAGCUGCAGCUGUAUUGUCCAGUGAUAUUUAUGUCGAUGACAUAUGCACCGGCGCUGCUAAUGAGAGAGAGGCUCUUAUAUUAAUGAGUGAGAGAUGA